AGUGAAGAUGAUGAUGUUCUGACUCACCUUGAACAAUGCACUGGAAACCUAAAGAUUGCUGAAGAUAAUUUGUGGAAGAAAGAUCUAGAAACUGAUGCAACUACAACAACAUGUACAAUGCAGCAGCAAAGUGCAAAUCUUGAAAGUCUUAGUUCAUCUCAACUGUGCAAUACGUUUUCACCAAGCUGCAUUCCACACUUCACACCCUUUUAUGUCAGUGUCAUUGAAGAUCCCAAAGCCAAAAUGGGCGCCACUCAGUUAACAAAACAUGAGAAAAAACUUUUGUCUGAAUAUGAGCAGCGAGAAGGUAUUCACUUGGCAAAGAUGAUGGACAAUGAUGAAAAUCCCAAGGAAUGGGCAGGAGAGACAUAUGAAAGGACAGCUGUUAAACAUGGGGAUAGAGCAUUUCACAAGUUUAAUAAAAAACUGCAACUAUGUCCACAACAAUGCUUAAGGUAAGCUUUUGUUAGAGGAUUAUAAUUAGCAAGCACCAGAAACUCUUUGUAGCGGUGAUCAAAUACAAAGAGGAGAACUGGAAUGUCUUAGGCACCCAAGAGUAUUUUUGACAAGAGAAUAUCAUUGUAUUUCCAAACGUGUUAUGGCGAUGUAAUUCGUCAAGUUCAAUGUAGAAUUAUUGUUGAAUCCCUGUUAAUUCUGUGUUUAUUUACAUUUUUGUGCUAGAUAUCAGUGGAAUGGUGCUCCUGUGUCUACGGUAACUGCAAACGUGUCAGAGCUCUUGGCAAACGUUCCCCGAUGUCAACAUUGUGCGGCAGAGCGAGUCUUUGAGUUACAGUUUAUGCCUGCGCUGAUUGGUAAUUUAAAAUGUGCAAAACAGUUGAAUUUAGCUCAUAAACUUGAUUCCCCUCACCAUGAAAAUCAAGAAGGACAAAUAUCACAAGAAAGCAAUCAAACUAAAUUGGAAACUUUAGAAAACAGUGAAAUUUUUGCAGAUGAUCCAACUCACCAACAAGACCGAUGGAAGACGUUCAUGGCAGCUGUCAAUCAAACUCGUGACGUCACAAUCGAAUUUGGAACUGUAAUGGUGUUCACGUGCUCUCAGGGUUGCUGGAAAAAUGUAGAAAACAAUGAAGAUAGCAGAUACUUGGAAGAGUUUUGUUUGGUUGAAUGUGAUCCGGAUGACCGGUUAUUUAAAUAA